CCUCUGGUAAGAAGCUGUCCUCCCCUCCGCUGCCUCCUCCAACACUGCCAGUCUGGUUGACGCCUGCCUCCUGUACACCUGCACACACACACAGACACACACACACAGAGGAAUGAGUUGUGGAGUGUUGCUAUGAAGGAGGAGGAUUUACAUGAAGGACAGCGCAGCAGAGACAACUGGAGUGGAGGAGGGGGAGACACACACAUUGGGACAAGAAAAUGACUUGAAGAUGAGCUCUCCUCAGGCUGAGUUAGAGGAAAAGGACUGUGCUCCACCAGAGGAAUUAGAGUGCAAAAUCUGCUACCAACGCUACAAUGCCCACAACCGCAAGCCUAAGAUCCUGGACUGCCUGCACCGGGUCUGUGCUCGCUGUCUCAUUAAGAUCCUGGACAUUGCUGAUGGGGCAGGCUUCAUCUCGUGCCCAUUUUGCCGACACCAAACUGAGAUCACAGAGUACGAGGUGUCAGCCCUGCCUGACGAUGCUAACAUCAUGUCCCACUUGGCAAUGCGGGACAAAUCGUGGAGCUCCGACCACAACGGGGAGGUGGUCCUGACUCCAAAGAGUUUCUCCUCCUGCAGCCCGUCUCACGACUCCUCCAACUGCCUGGUCAUCACUAUAAUGGAAGUGCAGAGGGACUCACAGCACUCCCCAAGCCGAAAUGCCAGCUCUGACAUCUAUGCUGAGCAGAGCCUGGACUCAGUAUCAAUGGGCUCCAAUGGGCCAGCUGAUCAAGAUGCCAUGUCCAAGUUCUGUAAUCAUGUCCCACGCAUCCUGGUCUGGCUGCUGGGUUUCUUAUACUUUGGCUCACUGCCUCUAGGAAUCUACUUGUUGGUGAUCCAGAGGGUGACAUUGGGCAUUGUGUGCGUAAGCUUGGUGCCAUCAAGCCUCACAGUUUGCCUGGUCUAUGGGUUCUGCCAGUGUCUGUGCCAGGGCAUGUGUGACUGCUCCUCCAGGGGCUGACAGGAUGCUACCUGUGAACUGGUGGACCUAGGAUGGGACAAGGCCAGCUGUGGUAAACAGGUAUUUGAUGUGUUUUUGGAUAGACAGGGGGCCCACAGGGGAGGAUGAUGCCCUCUCUCUCUCAGGCCUUACAAGCCUAGCAGUCAGUACCCUUCAAUGAAAAAAAGACACAAGAAGACUGCCUUUACAGUUGGUCUGUACUUUUGUUAGGCCGACAGGCCGACACAGAAACCUGUUUGGCCAAUAGAGUCGCUAAGAAGCUCUGUUAGGUAGAGCAGCGCCUAUACGUACAUUUCUUUGAUAUAUUUCUGUCACCAUUAUUUGUUCUGUGGUGUGUAUGACCUAGUCUAACAUAACAUUUAAGCGCAGACCUUUAAUCUUUGACUUCAAUAACGAUAGCACUAAUCGAGUCCUGGGCCCUCAUUUAUCAACACUAUAUACUAAGAAAAAUUUAGCAUGCUGUCAGUCUUAAGUUAAAACUGGGAUUUACCUUUUUUUUUCAGUCUUACUUUAAGA